AGAGGGCCCAGACAGGGCAGGCUGAAGCACGUAGGGUCCUGGCUGAAAUGUUGACCCCUUCAGGGGGAGGGAGGUGUAACUGUUACAGGUUUAUUAUGUGGGUGACUGGCUGCAGUCAGAGCACCAUCAGCAAGGUCAGUGAGCAGAUGAAGAAGACAGGGGGCGACAGAGAGCCACCGCCGCAUGGACUGAAAAAGUGGAUCAAGGAGAACCCAAGACGCAAGAAGGCGGUCACACCAGCAGUCAUUACGAGCACAGCCUCCGCUCCUGACAGUGUCCUGCCUGCGUUCAAUCCAACACAUGGAAUAGCCUCUUCCAGUAUCAUGGAGGCAUCAACCAGUUUAAACCUGAGGUCUCAAACUACAACAGUGUACAGUCUAGCUGCAGACAACGCUAUAGGCAGCAGUGCUGACACUGGAAAUGACAGCAUACUUCUCAGCGCAUUCACAGGCAGCACAGCCGUCACCUUCCAUAAGUCUCCACUCCAGGACCCCACCAUGAGUUUUACUCAGACUCGGAGCCAGGUAAUGGCAGUUGCCUCCUUGCCUCCUAGCUUGCUGGUUCAGGCUGAGCCUUCCCUGUGCAAAACACUUCUCUCAGAUCUCCCACAGUCUCUCAGCACCCUGUCCACCUGCAGCCUGAUUAAUGGGGACAAUCAACUCAUUAUGCAGAAUGAAGGUGAAGAACUGGAGAAGCUGCCUCCGGGGGCUCUAGUGUCCCUGACUCCCCUCUCCGAUGCUGGACACGACUGGCCCUGUGCCUUUGCUCCAGGCCCACUCCUUGGGGUUCUCUCAGCUACCCAGUGACUCUAUUCCUGUGACCAAUCAGAACUCUGGAGGCGCAAAUGAGGCCCUGAAACAGCCAAUAAGCAACGAGUACCAGCACUCAUUGCAGCUCAUAGAAUCUUCUGAAGAAGAUCACACUGUCCUUUGGGCCCCUUGAUGAUCAUCUACAUGCUGUAAAAGCACAAAAUAUUGAAACCUUGAAUUCUGUAAAAGACUGCCAAGAUAUUGGAUGAGGAAUACUCACUGAUGGCCUGUGCCUUUAUAAAAAGUCCAGGGUUUAGUCAGGCAAGGAGAAGAGGCCAUGAAAAUGAAGCCACUGUGGCUUGAACAGUGUGUAUUGAGCUGCUGGAGCCUAAACUUCUCUAUCUAGUCAUCUACCCUAGAUUGGAAAGGUGAACUGCCAUGGAGCUGAUGAUUAGAACUGGACUAGAAAGUGCAUUGAUAACAGAGUUUGUGUCUUGUACCAUUUCUCAGUGUCAAAGCCAUGUCACGUAAGAAAGCACCAGACUGAGAGAAACUUCUUGCCUAUGUGGCCCAAGAUUACAAAUGGAAAGGAAGGAUGGAGGACUUGAGCUGGGGAAGCAAUACCAUUGUGACGUCUUGCAGAAGAAAUGGGAACAGAAACACAGAUACUGCACGUGUAUAGUGCAUUUCUGGAAACGUUGGUUUGCUAUUUAAUUGUAACUUUAUAUUAAAGAACUUCAUCCCUGAGACAAA